AUGGACUUCCGCCUAGUGCCUCGCGGUAGCGAUCGCAACUACACAGGAUUUCUUACAAAGACGAUAGUCUACAUCGGGACGCUGAUGAUAUUUCUGGCCUCAUUUGGCUUGACAGUAUCCUCGAUCGUCAUUCCAAAAUGGGUCAGCUACCAUAGCGAAAAGCCCGAUAACCACUACUCCUACGGCCUUCAUCGCCGCUGCUCCUCCCUUACCGAUACCUGCGAGAGCUUCCCACAGCGCGAAGACUGCCACGGCGAAGACCGAUACUUUUGCUCCAUGUGGCGCUCCGUCGGGUUCUUGAUGUCCUUUGCUGUCGUUUUGCAGGGAAUUAGCAUAGUCACAUACCUGGUGAUCCUGACUGGUGGAAAACAGCUGCGCGAAAAUGGGUGGAGUGUUCUUAGUUUGAUGGUUGGUUUGUCUGCCAUUGUGCAGGUAGCCGGCAUGUCGAUAGUGGCGUAUCUAUUCGAUAAUGAGGACCGGUUCUUCGUCGGCUGGAAACUUGACCAGGCCUGGAUCUUUUGCACUAUCAGCUGGUGCUUCAGUGUUUUUUGCGCAGGUGCGGUCAUUGUGGCUGCCAAAGUCUUACCCUCAGAGGGUGGGUACGAGUUGAUUCCUGAUCAUGACGAGUUUCAAGUCACUUGA